AUGUAUCUAGACUUCACUAAGAGCCUCGGUAUUGGCUCGCUCACUACCAUGCUCCUCUCCGCAUUUACCCCUCGAGAGCGAGCGCUCGUUGUUCAUCAGCCAGCGCUGCCUCCAUCCUAUCCGCUGGCCGUCCGGAGUCCGUAUCUCUCAGCAUGGAUGCCCAGCGAUCAGGUUCAGAUAUUGCCGUAUGCGGAGCCUCAGUUCUGGGCUGGACAGAGUCUCACGUGGUCGGUCAUGGCUCGCGUCGAUGGCCAGGCGUACAGUUUGAUGAGCGUCAAGAAUCCAGGCGAGAACAUCAUUCCUGCGAUCGUUCGAAGUGCCGAGUAUACCGCGACCCAUUCAGUGUUUACUCUUUCCGCUGGUUCGGUGGUUUUCACUUUGGACUUUUUCUCGCCCAUAUCGCCCUCAAACUAUCUGCGGCAGUCUCUUCCUUUCAUUCGUGGGAAAGGCUAUUUGACCGUUUCUGUAUCGGAAGGUUCUUCCAAGAGCAUCCAGAUCUACUCCAGCAUCGACGGAAGAUGGGCGGGCAAGCCACAAGCCACUACACGCGGUUUUCGCGAAACCGGCACCACUGCCGUCUUCUCUUUGGGGCUGAAGGACGGCUCCCCUUACUCUGAAGUAGAUGAUAUGGCUACAUGGGGCGAGGCGAUCUUCGCCUCUCGCCCAACUUCUAAGUCUAAACUCUCUUUCUCAUCCGGCAAACGCGGGGAAGUGCGUUCUCAGUUUGUCAGUACUGGGAGACUAGUCGACAAUCGUCAGCCAUGGGUUCGAGGAGGAAUCGUGGCCCUUUCACACGAUCUAGGAAAGGUUGAGGGUAGAGAAUCAGUGACAUUUGCCGUUGGGCAUGUGCGUGAGCAGUCCAUUAAUUACCUGGGCAAACCAUACACCGGCUAUUACCGAUCGCAGUACCCGGAUAGCCACGACGCGGUCUCUUACUUCCUUGACGACUAUACCGCCGCUCUGCAGGAGUCUCGGAUACUCGAUGCAGAGAUGGCCAAGCAAGCCAAAGCAGCGGCUGGCCAAAAGUACGCCGACAUCGUCACACUGUCGGCUCGUCAGGCGUACGGAGGGAUAGAGGUGACCAUCCCUAAUGACACUCUUGACACCACCGAUGUUCUGGCGUUCAUCAAGGAGCUUUCUAGCAAUGGCAACCUCAACACGGUGGACGUUAUCAUGCCUGCCUUCCCGAUUUACUACAUUCUGGACCCGGACUACAUCCGACUUCUGCUGGAACCAAUGAUGAGGUACCUGGCUGCUGGCCGCUGGCAAAAGCCGUAUGUAAUCCACGACAUGGGCAAGCAUUAUCCCAAUGCCAUUGGGCAUGACAAUCAGAAGGCCGAGCCAAUGCCGAUUGAGGAAUGUGGGAAUUUAAUGGUACUGAUCCUGGCCUACGUACGAGCAACAGGCGACACCGAAUGGGCCGCUCAGUACACCGACCUCCUGAGAGGCUAUGCGGACUAUUUGGUCGAUAAUGGCGUUGAUAUCACCAAGCAGCUGUCUUCGAACGAUGCGGCUGGCGCACUAGCCAAUGAGACGAACCUUGCCAUCAAGGCGGCCGUUGGUAUCAAGGCAUUAGGUGAACUGACGGGACUCUCCGAAUACUCUCAAGUUGGGGAAGCGCGAGCGGAUCUGUUCUUCACCCAGGGCCGUGGAACAGACGGGAACAAGACACACUUCGUGCUGCAGUAUCCCGGCAAGCCAGCCUCUUGGAAAAUACCAUACAACCUCUACCCAGAUGUACUACUUGAUCUUCAGACCUUCCCCAAAGCGGCAUACGAGAUGGGAAAUACCUUCUUCAAGUCGGUGCGAGCUGAAUAUGGGGUUCCGUUGGAUAACCGGCAAGACUGGGCCAAGUCGGACUGGAACAUGUGGUUAGCAGGCACGUUCGAUGCCGACACUCGCUCUGAGUUUGUGGAGGAUCUUUGGAGUUUUAUGACCAACGGAAAACACAACUGGCCGUUCUCCGAUCGAUACGUUGCCACAUCAGCCAAGGGACGGAGCCCUGGGGUGCCUGUGCUGUGCCGAGCUCGCCCAACAGUGGGCGGUCAUUUUGCCCUGAUGGCACUACAAGGGCCCAAAUCCCUUCAAGCUGCUGUUUCGAGGCAAGUGCUCAGUGAAGGGGGCAACAAAGGAAGCAGUGACAGCCAGGAGACUUUGUUGAAUCACGGAGAGAAUCUAAAUUUCUCGGUGUUAGAGGUCAAACCAUUCACUUACCAUCUUUUGCGUACACCAAUCUUUACAACUAGUACUCUUCCACCCCGUCCUCCACACAACUUCGGUCCUCAAGGCUAUCCCCUCCCCAACGGUGCUGUUCCUUCUGGUCCCGUCCCCGGCGCCGCCCCUCUCCUCCCAAACAAUGGUCGAAUCAUUCAGAAUGGUCCCGUCAGAGUGCUGUGCAUUGCGGACGUGCGAGGUAAUCUGAAGUCCUUGAAUGAGUUGGCCAGGCAGGCCCGUGCAGACCAUAUCAUCCACACUGGUGACUUCGGUUUCUACGAUGACACUUCGCUCGAGCGCAUUGCAGACAAGACUCUUAAGCACGUGGCCCAAUACUCUCCCCUGCUCCCCGAGAAUGUCAAGCGCACUAUUGCCCAGACUCCUCCCCAGCAGUCCAUCAAGCAACGAUUCACGCCCGAUCAGCUACCCCUCUCAGAGCUUCCCAUGCUGCUCGACAAGCGGCUCACUCUCGAUGUUCCUGUCUACACUGUCUGGGGUGCCUGCGAGGAUGUUCGCGUGUUGGAGAAGUUCCGUUCGGGAGAGUACAAGGUUGACAAGCUGCACAUCAUUGAUGAAGCCAACUCGCGGCUGCUCGACAUUAGCGGUGUGAAGCUCCGUCUCUUGGGUUUGGGAGGAGCGGUUGUUAUGCACAAGCUGUUCGACAAUGGCGAGGGCAAGACUACUAUUGCUGGUGGCCAAGGCACCAUGUGGACAACCCUGCUGCAAAUGGGAGAGCUGAUUGACACAGCGAACCGUGUAUACGACCCCUCAGAGACCCGGAUCUUCGUCACGCAUGCGUCGCCGGCUCGUGAGGGUAUGCUGAACCAGCUGUCGGUCACGCUCAAGGCCGAUUUCUCCAUCUCCGCUGGCUUGCACUUCCGUUACGGCUCGUCCUACAACGAAUUCUCCGUCAACCCCUCCCUCGACCACUACCGGGGCAAGCUUGCCGCUUCCAAGGCUUCCUUCAAUGACGUGUGGGAGACCGUCCGGGGCGAGGUCGAGGCCGCCAUUUCGCAGAACGAGGCUCAGAAGACUCUGCUGGACAAUGCUCUUGAGGUGGUCAACAAGAUGCCUACCGUUGCCAACGGUGGCAACCCGUUCGGUGGACCUGCUGCCCCCGGCAACGCAGCUGGCCAGGUCGACGAAAGCGCCUUCAAGAACAUGUGGAACUUCAACUUGGCAGACGCAGCAUUCGGCUUCUUGGUGCUUGAGAUCGAGUCGGGCCGCAUAGCUACCGAAAUGCGCGCCCAAGGAUUCAAUUUCGCUCACCGUACCGGCAAGCCCCAGCCCGCUGGCCCAGCCCAGCCCGCUCCCGUCCCCGCUGGCGCCCCUGCUGGCAUUGCCUCGCCUCGCGUCCCCGGAGCUGCUCCCCAAUUCGGUCAGGCUCAACCUGUUCCCGCCCGCACGGGUCCCCUUCCUCAACAGCAGGCCCCGGCACAGGCCAAGGCUCCCGCCGCCGCUCCCGCUCGUACAUCCCCCGUUCCCGUGAUCCCUAAGCCUGCUACGCCGCAGCCUGCCGCCGCCCCUGCUGCGCAGCCCGCCGUGACGUCCCCGGAGAGAACCACGACCACCGAGGCCAACGGUACCGCUCAGCCCGAGAAGCCCUCCGAAUCUCCGAUGCCCAAGAUUGAGAAGAAGCAGAGCAACGGCCUCUUCGUCUCGAACGUUGAGAACGAACAAGCUGUGCGUGAUCUCUUCCCCGAAGAAGACAAGGCCAAGAUCGUGAAGAUUGAGAAGUGGGGCAAAUACAACAACCAUGUCGUCCACUUCACGACUGUCGAGGAGGCCAAGGCUGCCCUCGAUCGCCAGCCCCCGGAGCACAAGAAGCCCACUCCUGCCGGUCAACCUCGUAAGCCCAACAUCAAGUUCUUCGAAGACCGUGGCAGCCACCGCGGCAACGCCGGUACAUGGCAGGGCAGCAACCGUGGUGCCAAUGCCUCCCAGCGCGGGUACCAGAGCGGAGGUGCCAGUGACAGCGAGACUAACCGCGGACGUGGAUUCCGUGGCCGAGGCGGUGCUGGCCGCGGCGACCGGGGCGGACGUGGCGGACGUGGUGGUCGCGGUGGGUUCAACAAGGGAGGCGCUCCGACUUCAGACUCGGGACCAGGCGACAAGCCAGCCACAACUGGAGGCGACGCUUGA